GCGCGACGACAGGGCUCAGUAGAGGAGAGAGAGAGAGAGAGAGAGAGAGAGAGAGAGAGCCGCCCCAUGGCGCCGCCGCACGACCCGCGCCGCCCGUACAAGCGCCCGGCCAUCUCCGACCAGCAGCGCCGCCGCGAGAUCGCCCUCCAGGCGCAGUCCGCCCGCCGCGCCGACGCACAGGCGCGCGCCCGCACUCUCGCCAGCUCCCUCCUCCGCACCACGGCCCCUCCUGCAGCCACCCAUCACCACGAGGACGAGCAGGAGCACGAGCACGAGCACGAGCACGAGGAGGAGGAGGAGGAGCACACCGUCGCUGAUGUCGCCAACGCCGCCUCCAAGCUCCGCGGCUCCGAUGCGCGCCGAUGGUUCGCCCGCCAGAUCAUGCUCCCAGAGUGGAUGGUCGACGCCCCUCCCCACCUCGCCAGCGACUGGCAUGUUUCUGCCAGGCCUGCCGGCAAACGUUGUUUGGUCGUGUCAUCCAAUAGCAUGACAAUUAGCAGGGUCCGUAACGGGUCCAUCCUUCACCGAUUCCCUUCUGCUCUACCGAAUGGAUCAAAGAGAGACAUCUCCGGCCCAGCAAGCUCCUACUCCAUCCUUGAUUGCAUUUUUCACGAGCCUGAUGAAACAUACUAUAUCAUUGAUAUGAUUUGUUGGCGAGGCUAUUCGCUGUAUGACUGCACCGCCGAGUUCAGGUUUUUCUGGGUAAACUCUAAGCUCACAGAAACAUCAGCUGGUGAUCCUCCAUCAACGUACCACAAAUAUAGAUUCAGUGUGGUCCCUAUGUACGAAUGCACUCUUGAGGGUCUCCAAGCGGCAUACUCGGGGAGCACACCUUAUAUCAAAGAUGGCCUGCUGUUUUACAACAAGCAUGCACAUUAUCAAGCUGGAAUCACACCCCUUGCACUAGCAUGGAAAGAUGAGUCUUGUAGCCAGUAUGUUAUUGAUACAGACGGCAAGGGAGAAAUACCAAGUGAGCAGCAUCUUGUGUUGGAGUUGCAAGAGGAUGGAAAGCUAAUUACUUCUGAUGACCCUCCUGUUGUAUUUGGUAGCUUGGACAACGAAUUCAUACAGAAGUCAAACCUGCGACCAGGGAACCUUCUCCGCUUUGCUGUAAGAGAUGAGUGUGUGGAACUUGUGGAUGGAAAGAUGCAUAUCGGUGAGCUGCAGUUUGUUGGAAGGCCGCACCGUGCUCGUGCUUUUGCUGACAGCCAUUCGAAAGCUUUGUUCCAGUAUGCUGCAAGGCAUGCUCCUCUGAGAAUUGAGGAUCUGGUUGCUUCCAUUCAAUCAAACAAUAUGGAGCUUGAAUCCACAGAUGUUGAAAUGCAAGAUUAAGAGUAUAUAUGUGCCAAUAUUUACUGUUUGAUUGGAUUCAGGAAGGGAGACUUCAUGAUCAAUUGAAACUUGUGCAACUGAAAGCGAAUGCAAAGUUAGGAUGAAGCGGAUGCAAAUGAGGCCAAGGUUGAAGAUGCGGCAUUCAUGUCAAGAUUUCAGCAAACGACCUGAUUGUCUGAAACCCAUGAUUUUCAGGGAGCGGAGUGUUUCCAGGUCUUACAGAUAUUAGUACCUCAAGACCUGUAAAAAGAAUUUAAACAGUGUAUGAGUUUCUUAAAGACAAGCAUUCUAGACACUGACAUGUACAUGGAUGUGAUGUGUAAUGUAACUCAAAUUAGUAUCGUUUGUCCCGAGUUUGCAACGUGUGAAUGACAGUUUGAACAGAUGAAAAAUACUAAAAGGAAAUGUGCAUGAGUGUA